AUGGCCCGGUCGUACGGCGGCCGGGUGCUGGCCGCGAUGACCCUGCUGGGCAUCCCCGCCGCCGUGCUCGCGGCGCUGGGAGCGCAGCUGCUGUUCCAGCUGCAGGCGGGCCGCGCGGAGCUGCGGGGACUGUCUGACUGGUUUCUCUAUGACUGCCGCCUCCUCAGACACGUGGCCCUUGGCCUUUUCUGCUGUGGGGUCUCUGUCUACUUAGCAGCAUUGUCCAUCUAUGCCCUGCUGCUCUUUGAGAUCGAGACAGGUGCAGCAGCCGCCUCCAUCCUUGGAGUGGGUGCUCUGGUCCUGGUGGCGGCGCUGACCCACACUCUGCUCCGAGCUGCCCGGGCCACCCGCCGCGGUCUCCAUGAACUGUCCCCACCGCACGUUGAAGACGACCCUGUCCACCCUGCUAGAGUCUCCAAGGCCAGCCCCGGGGCUCCACCCCAGCAGGGUACCCACCGCCGGACACCCUACUCAUCCUUCCCAGAACCUGGGGGCCCCCUUAGACCCACGUUCGCUGCUACAGCACCUGUAGCCAUGGGGGGAGGCCGGGAGACAAGCCUGCCUUUAUCCUACAUGCACCGGACACUGUCAGUUGGCAGGGGGCACUGGGAAGGGGUGACCCACGAGAUGCGCAGCAUGCUAGGCCACCGGCCAGGGGGCUCAGGGAAGGACUCCACGCUGGUGUGAACGCAGGGAUCAGGGAUAGAGACCUGGUGUCAGGCAGCAGGAAGAGGACUCUGUAAAGAUAGUCCAGGCUCAGCCA